AUGCGGCCCAGUCGAAAGGGUGCUCCAGCCACGGGCCGAUUGAAGAAGCCUCAUCGCUACACAGCUGGCAAUGUGGUUCUGAGGGAGAUCCUACGCUACCAGAAAUCCAUCGAGCUGCUCAUCCGCAAAUUGCCCUUGCAUCGCCUGGUGCGGGAGAUCUCUCAGGACUUCAAGGCAGAACUGCGCUUCCACGGAUCGGCCGUCAGAGACCUGCGGGAGGCCAACGAGAAUGACCAGGGGUUGGGCUCAUUGAAGACUUCAAACUGUGCAACAUCCAGGUGA